CUACACAUUGGACAAAAACCUGCCCAUUGAUGACUGGGUUAUGGAGUCUGUUAGUGGUGAUCGGCUCACCCACCAGGUCAUGGACCUCAACCUGGACACGGUUUACUAUUUCCGCAUCCAAGCCAAGAAUGCAAAGGGGGUUGGCCCGCUCUCUGACCCUAUCCUCUUCAGAACUCCUAAAGUCGAUCACCCUGACAAAAUGGCUAAUGACCAAGGUCGUCAUGGAGACGGAGGGUACUGGCCAUCUGACACCAAUCUGAUAGAUAGGAGCAGCCUUAACGAGCCUCCCAUUGGUCAGAUCCACCCUCCUCAUGGCAGCGUGACCCCUCAGAAGAACAGCAACCUUCUGGUGAUCAUCGUGGUCUCAGUGGGCGCUGUCACUGUAGUGGUUGUGGUUAUCGUGGCUGUCAUUUGUACACGCCGCUCGUCAGCACAGCAAAGGAAGAAACGUGCCACCCACAGCACAGGCAAGAGGAAAGGCAGCCAGAAAGAUCUGAGGCCCCCGGAUCUGUGGAUCCAUCACGAGGAGAUGGAGCUGAAGAACAUUGAGAAGCCCUCUGGUUCCGAUCCCUCAAGCCACGAUUCGUCCUUGCAGGGCUGUCCGGACAUCACGCCUAUCAGUCACAGCCAAUCGGAGAGCCAGAUGGGCAGCAAGAGCAGUCACUCAGGUCUGGAUGCGGACGAAGUGGCCAGCAGUAUCUCCACACUGGAGCAAUCCCUUGCUGCCCGCAGAGCUACACGCACCAAGCUAAUGAUCCCCAUGGACUCCCAGCCUAGCAACACAUCCAUUGUAAGUGCCAUACCCGUGCCAACAUUAGAAAGUGCCCAGUACCCAGGAAUCCUGCCUUCGCCCACCUGUGGGUACCCGCACCCACAGUUCACACUUCGCCCAGUGCCAUUCUCCACGCUCACCGUUGAUCGAAGCUACGCAUCAGGUAGAACAAUAGCAGAGGGCACAGCGUCACACUCCCAGCAUCAGUCUCUGCUCGCCCAAACGCAGUCAGAACAAGCGAUCACUGAGGAGGUACCCAGCAGAACUAUCCCCACAGCCUGCGUUCGUCCCACUCACCCUCUCCGCAGCUUCGCUAACCCCUUGCUACCUCCCCCCAUGAGCGCCAUUGACCCCAAAGUCCCCUACACACCGCUUCUGUCUCAGACAGGUGCAAACCUACCAAAGGCUCUGGUGAAGACUGCCUCCCUGGGUUUAGCUGGAAAGGCGAGAUCGCCACUGCUUCCGGUUUCCGUGCCAACAGCCCCAGAGGUCACAGAGGAGGGCCAUAAACAGCCAGAAGACCCUGCCAGUGUAUAUGAACAAGAUGACCUGAGUGAACAAAUGGCUAGUCUAGAAGGACUAAUGAAGCAACUUAAUGCCAUCACUGGCUCAGCCUUUUAACAACGACAAUUGACAGAGGCAAAGCCAACAGAAGCAUCACAGCAUACCAGUAUUCCACAAUUGAAGAUACUGACAAGAAGGGUCUUAAUGAUACAAUUCUAUUUAAGUAAAGAAAACCACGCCUCUGUCUUUUCCUAAGACGUUACUUUGGACAAGGCAUCAGUACAAAAAAAAAAAAAAGCACUGGCUAGCCACAAAAAAGAUUUUCUCUAGAUUAUUUAUUAUUAUUAUUAUUUUUUUUUUUUCAAUUUACAAGUGAUUUAUUUUAAGCUAGCACUCUGGAAACAGAAAGAGACAACUUAACCCUAUUUUUGCCUAUGUAUUGAACGUGUUUAUGUGAUUUGUUUAAAACAUCACGCUAGUGUUAGUCUACACAGAGUCACAUAGAUCCCUUUCUCACUCCUGUUGAAACCAGCAAAGGUGUCAAAACAGUUGCUGCUGGUUGGUUAGAUUUUGAACUUGGAGAUAUUACCUGGUUUGCUACUGGAAUACCCUAUUCUGGUUUGAAAUGGAGCUGGACAGCUGUUAACGAACUGAUUAGAAAGCAGGAUGUUAUAUACAGGUUUUGUGUAAUGCCCCUGUAUCUCUUUUUAUCCAAUAUUGAUAAGUCCUAAUGUCAUGUUGAAUCUGGACAGCCUGUAAAACGUAAUCUUUGCUGUAAAUUUUUUUUUUUUUCCUUAGGGGAGGGAAGGGGGGUAGUAUCAGUAAUGUUAAAUAUAGAACUCCAAGCUCGGUUUUAGAGUAAAAGUUGAAAAAGUACUUGCCUAUAAAAUAAAAGUUACCCUGACCGAUGCCAAGGCUUCCAUCGCAUCCCGUUUUAUAAUGAUUACAAUGAGUCCCUUCACAACUUUGAAUUUGAUUUCGUAAUGUCCUGUUUGUUGCCAUGCUGGGAAUUAAAUCUGUGAUGCAAAACAG